GCAAUGGGAGCUCUCGGUGUAGGAAACGCAAUCUGAUUAAACAGCACCCAGCGUUUGCAGCUAUUUGAAAGGCACUGAACCAGAACCAGAACAAGUCGAAAGGCCUGGUCUUGAAGCGAUUUCUCAUUUCUUGAAAACACAAAUAUGCAUUAAAAGAAUAUUUUGAAGAUUCCCAAAAGCUGGGGAGGAUCACAGCGUAUUCAUCACAAUGUGCUGUUUCUCUCCUCAAAGGAAAUGUGAAGUAUUCAGUGUGAUUUGCUGUUGCAGCUUCAGAUUCCAGUGACCUUUCCUCAGAGCACUAGACAUCUAGCACCAUGUCUAAACAAAACCGAGACCUGGAGUUAGUUCACCUGAUGCAGGACAAAGCACUUGAUCUUCAAAACUCCACCCUUUCCUACCAAGGCAUAGCCGAGCAGUUACCCAAUGUUCCCAUGGCUUCAUCUCGCAUCCCUGUCCUUGCCUCCAGAAAGCAGAAGGCUGGUGUGGUGAAUCCCAGCUUUGUGAAGGAAGAAGCAUCUCUUUCUCGCAGCUUAGGACUACAGGCAACCAAGUACCCUACUGUGAACACCAAGACUGUAAAAAUUAAAAAUGGCUCUUCGGGGCUGCCCAGGCUUAUCCGAAGCACUCGUCCCAUUUCCCAAAAGAAAUCCCGAAAGAAAUCCCAAACCCUCACAGUUCCAGCUACACCCACCGCCAUCAAGAGAAAAAAGCUGCACUCCCAAGAGGACAGUGUGGGAGAAAUUGGAGUAGCAUCUCCACGCCAUUCUCCGGUCAAUGUGGAUGAAUUUCAAGAACCAUCUCGGUAUCCGUCUCCAGUCAUUGUAGAUGAACUUCAAGUACCAUCUUCAUAUCAGUCUCCGGUCAAAGCUUGGCCAGACCAAUCCAGUCCGCAGUCAGAAGACUUGCCCAAACGCGGUAGCUCAACGACCAGCCAGAGCAGUGAUGUGAUCAACGAUCGCCUUCAGGAACUGGUGCGGCUUUUUAAGGACCGGACAGAGAAAGUGAAAGAGAAGCUGGUUGACCCAGAUGCCUCUUCUGAUGAAGAGACGCCUGUGCCCUCACCUUCCAAUGAAAAGCCUCCAGAAGAAAAGAAAGAAGAAACUGAGAAAGAGGAGCAGACUGGCAAACCAAAGCGGCGUUGCUUGAAAACAUGCCAGUUCCCCCGCAAUAUUGAUCCUCUCACCAAUCUGACCUAUAUCUUGUGGCUCUUCAUUGUGGUUCUGGCAUGGAAUUGGAACUGUUGGUUGAUUCCAGUCCGCUGGGCUUUCCCAUACCAGACUCCUGAAAAUGUCUACUACUGGAUGAUUAUGGACUACGUCUGUGACCUCAUCUACAUUUUGGACAUCUCCGUCUUUCAAGUCCGCCUACAGUUUGUUGAAAGAGGCGACAUUAUUACUGAUAAAAAGGCCAUGAGACAGAAUUACCUAAAGUCCAGGCGCUUCAAGAUGGACCUCAUCUGCCUUCUGCCAUUGGAUUUCCUCUACUUCAAAGUGGGCAUAAAUUCCCUCUUGCGUUUACCUCGCUGCUUAAAGUAUAUGGCUUUCUUUGAGUUCAACAACCGGCUUGAAUCUAUUCUGAGCAAGGCCUAUGUUUACAGAGUAAUCAGAAUCACGGCCUACCUGCUAUUCAGCUUGCAUGUAAACUCUUGCCUGUAUUACUGGGCAUCAUCCAUCAAUGGAUUGGGAUCUACCCCGUGGGCCUAUGAUGGAGAAGGAAACAGUUACCUCCGCUGUUACUACUGGGCUGUCAAGACCUUAAUAACAAUUGGAGGGCUGCCGGACCCCUACACCCUCUUUGAGAUCAUCUUUCAGCUCCUCAAUUACUUCACAGGGGUCUUUGCUUUCUCGGUGAUGAUUGGUCAGAUGCGAGAUGUCGUGGGUGCUGCCACUGCUGGACAAACAUACUAUCGGAACUGCAUGGAUAGCACAGUGAAGUAUAUGGCUUUCUACAAAAUUCCCCGCUCUGUCCAGAAUAGGGUCAAAAAGUGGUAUGAAUAUACUUGGCACUCUCAAGGCAUGCUGGACGAGUCAGAGCUGCUGAGGCAAUUGCCGGAAAUGAUGCGGCUGGACAUCGCUGUCGACGUGAACUAUGAUAUAGUGAGCAAGGUGCCACUCUUUCAGGGUUGUGACCGACAAAUGAUUUUUGACAUGUUAAAGAGGCUCAGAUCUGUUGUUUACUUGCCAAAUGACUACGUAUGCAAGAAGGGAGAAAUUGGCCGAGAGAUGUACAUCAUUCAAGCUGGACAAGUCCAGGUAUUGGGAGGACCUGAUGGGAAGACGAUCCUUGUGACCUUGAAAGCUGGAUCAGUAUUUGGAGAAAUAAGCUUGCUGGCUGUAGGAGGUGGAAAUCGCCGCACAGCCAAUGUUGUGGCUCAUGGAUUUACGAAUCUUUUCAUUUUGGACAAGAAAGAUUUGAAUGACAUUUUGGUGCAUUACCCAGAGUCUCAGAAGCUGCUGCGGAAGAAGGCCAGGCGAAUGCUGAAGAAUAACAGUAAACCCAAAGAAGAAAAAGGGAUGCUAAAAGACGUGCUGAUCAUUCCUCCAAAAGCUGGGACUCCAAGACUCUUUCAAGCAGCCCUCAUGGCAGCAGGAAAGAUGGGGGGCAAGGGACGGUUGGCUCACAUCCGAUGGAAACUGAAAGAACUGAAGGCGUUGCAGGCUGCCAGUUCCUCUCCCAUCGCACCAAAAUCACCGGCCAGUCAUAGUUCACCAGCUGGUUCAAGGAAAUCAGAUGAUCUCAGAAGUGAGAAGGCUGCGGUGAUGUCUCCUGUCCCCUCCGUUCUCAUUCGUGUGACUCCGGCACCUGGGGAUGAUCAACAGACGCUCUCUGUAGAAAAUGAAGUCAAAGAAGAAAACAACAAGUAGAAGCUGCCCUAUAAAUGAGAACGCCGGACCCCGUAGAAUUCCACUGCUGCCAUGAACUGCAAGCCAGAAACCAAACAGAAAAAUUUAGCCGCUUCCACCGACUAUAGAUCAUCGCAAUAGGUUUGCAUUGUAACUGGAAAUAUUAUUCCAGGUGUAAAAUUGUAGGUGUACAGAAAAUGUAGUACUCUUCAGAUUGCAAAUCACAAUUAUUUAUGUAAAAUAACUUUUUUCAUGGUUUUGCUUUUUCCUCCCCCCCGCCCCCAGUCAUGUUGCAGCUCACUUAUGGAAAUCCCAUGGAAUUUUUGAGUCCAGAGAGAUUCAGGGGUGCUUUGUCACUGCCUGAUUCUGCAUAGCAACCCUGGAAUUCCUUGGUGAUCUCCGGUCCAAAUAGCAGUUAGGGUCAACCCUUCCAAACUGCUGAAAGCUGAUGAGAUCGGGCUAUCCUAGGCUACCCUGGUCAGGGCUUUUGUUCAAGCCUCUUGGAUGGAGGUGAGGAUCUCCCUCAAACCUCAAAACAUGUCUACGGGCAGUUCAGUGAGAGCAGUGAUGCUUAGCACGUCUGCAUCAGCAAUAUGAAUGGACGUUUCCUGGGUGUGAAUUCACUGGUUUAACUAACAGAAGCCAUAAAAUCUUACGAGAGCAAUCCUGAGCGGGUUUGCUCAGGCUCUUUCCGCACAUGCAGAAUAAUGCACUUUCAAUCCACUUUGCAGAAUAGCAAAAUCCACUUGCAAACAAUUGUGAAAGUGGAUUGAAAGUGCAUUAUUCUGCAUGUGCGGAAGGGACCUUAGAAGUAAUUCCCAUCGACUUAUUCCCAGGAAAGGGUUCUUAGGAUUGCAGUCUUAGAGUUUAUGCAAACAGAGGAGGAUGACUUCAGUGUUCAGAGCACUCUGUGAACUGGAAGAAAAUGUUAUUCCUUCUGACAAAAUGCCUGCCUUUUCACUAAUGCCGGUGUCACUCAAGUAGCAGGGUGAUGAUCCUUUGUUAAGCAAGAUAUUUUCUUCAAGUCAGCGAUGAUCAGCUGAUAGGCCUUCCAUGGGAGCAGAAGUAAGAAGAAAUCUAGAGUCCCCUUAAAGACUAAGAAUCAAACUACCUGCUACGUUUUAUACAAGCUUUCCAUGGGGACUUGCAGUCAUCUUAGAACUGUGAGUCCCGCCCGGUGAUUACUGUGUGUAGAAGUGCCACACAGAUCUGAUUCUGAUGAGGACCAGAAAGCAGGGGGCAGGGCCAUGAAAUGGAGGCACUCAUGGAAAAAGCAGAGAGAACUCCACUUAUUUGGGUGACUGUGCUUCCCAAGUAUGCAGAAAAAAAUAUUAAUUUGUAAGAUUUAAAAGACCUGCUGACUACCAUCCUGAGGAGACUGAAGCAUGCUCUUUGUUCUCUAAAAGACCCAGACAGUUAGGAACUGUCAAGGACAAACCUGAUAGUAAUACUUUGACUAUGGAAGCUCCUCCCUUAAGAAGCUUGUCCCAUCUUGAGCAAGUGACAGGUACUAGAGCAGGGUGUCCAACUCUGGUGCUUCGGAUGUUCAUGGACUACAAUUCCCAUCCAGCAGGGGCUGAUGGGAAUUGCAGUCCAUGAACAUCUGAAGUGCCAGAGUUGGACACCUCUGUACUACAGAGUUGGGCCAAGAUCUGGGAGACCUGUGAAUUCAAAUCCUUAGGGCCCUGAAGCUUGUUGGGUGAUCACAGGUCAGUCAUUGUCUUUUAGUCUAACCUACCUCACAGGAUUGUUGUGAGGAUUAAAUGGAGAAAGUGGAACUAUAUGAACCACCAGAAGCU